AUGCAGCAGCAGCAGCAGACACAGCAGCAACAGCAGCAGCAGCAGCAGCAGCAACAAACCCGCAGCAGCUUGCUGCUGAUGCUUUGCCCAUACACGAAGAGACACAGCAGCAGCAGUUCGGAGCAUGCAGCAGCAGCAGCAGACACAGCAGCAACAGCAGCAGCAGCAGCAACAGCAACAAACCCGCAGCAGCUUGCUGCUGAUGCUUUGCCCAUACACGAAGAGACACAGCAGCAGCAGCAGCAGCAGCAGCAGCCAGAAGACAGCCAGCAGCAGCAACUAACACACCAACAGGAAACAGAAAAACACCAGCAGCAGCAGCAGCAGGAGCAGCCGCAGCAGCAGCAGCAGCCGCAGCCGCAGCAGCAGCAGGAGCAGCCGCAGCAGCAGCAGCAGCAGCAGCAGCAGCAGCAGCAGCAGCAGCAGCAGCAGAAGGAGAAGGAGAAAGAGCUGCUAGCUAUAGCCACAGCUCUGUCUUCUCAUUUCAAUGAUAAGCAAACCACCACCUGCACGGCAACAAGGAGAAGGAGAAAGAACUGCUAG